AUGUGCAACAAUCUUCUGACUUACGGCGGAUACCUUGUGGUUGCAGGGAGAUCAAUCACCGAGCAGCGGCCCUUUGCUGUGUACCUCCUGAGGGGCCUGCUUUCUGCGCUCAUUCUUGUUCUCUCUCGCAUAUCGGUCCGACCAUCCCACAUGUCGAUGGAUCCUAGCCUUAUUUGGAGGAAAGACCCUCUGGGGACGAGCAGAGCUCUUGCUUUAUUUUGUGUGGUGUUGGGCCUUUAUAUCUGCUUCCGCCUGUCAACAAGCACCGACACAACUGAGAAAUCUAGUCCGGGCUAUCAUGUCGACCUGCACGUUACACAAGAUGUCUUUCCUGUCUAUUUUGGGCAUUCAACCACAGUUUUUGUGCUCGCAGCGACACUUUUCGCCAUGAAUUAUGUUUCGUAUCAUCUGUUGGCGGCUUCAUUGCAUCUUCGACUGUUGGGCCUCCGUACAGAGGUUAUCGGCGGCCUUAUCUUGCCAUUGACUAUGACUCUCUUUGUUACGUUGGUAAAUGCUCCACAUUUGACUGCAAACUGGCUUGCGGAGAGUGAGCGCGGCGCGAGCACACUUUGUUUCUUGUUCCCGAUGACCGUCCUCCUCGGUGCCUACCUGAACAAGUCUCUGACCAUGAUUCUCGACCACGCCUCCGCCUUUAUUUUGUAUGUCGGCGGUCUUCUUUUCUCGUCCAUCGAGUGGCAAAAUGAAGUUAAAUUGCCUCGUCUCUGGGGCUGUGCUGUCAUUGCCGUCUAUUGCGCGCUUGCAGUAUAUCUGAUACUGGCCGACCGGACCCCCGAGCUCCCUGUGAACUCCCUUCCGUGUUCAGCGUGA